CUUCGAUGCACCAGCUUUUCAGUCUCGAACUUACCAGCUUUUGGCAUUCAAUCCUUUGGAUUUCACUCAAUUGCAGGCUAUUGAAAGUUGUAAAUUCUUUGCUAUAUCCAGCGGGCCUGGCAAGAUGCUAUCAGGUCGUUUUGUGACAUCUUCUCUCCGGCAGUGCUCUCGACGAGCUGUGUCCACCUCCAAUAGCUCCCAGAUACGAUACUAUGCUGUACCUGCCGCUGAAAAAAUCGCUAAGUUUCCUGGUACAAAGGGACCUGAUGGCAAAUAUACCGUGACAUUGAUCGAAGGAGACGGAAUUGGACCUGAGAUAUCGCAAUCUGUUAAGGAUAUCUUCAGUGCUGCAAAGGUGCCAAUUAAAUGGGAACCCGUCGACGUUACUCCAAUCUUAAAGGACGGCAAAACUGCCAUUCCCGAUGAAGCUAUCAACAGUGUGAAAAAAAACUAUGUUGCAUUAAAAGGGCCGCUUGCUACCCCAGUAGGCAAGGGCCAUGUUUCCUUGAACCUAACCCUCCGAAGAACUUUCAAUCUGUUCGCAAAUGUUCGACCUUGUCGUUCAAUUGCCGGCUACAAAACCCCGUAUGAUAACGUCAACGCGGUCCUUAUACGCGAGAACACGGAAGGCGAAUACUCUGGCAUUGAACACGUCGUGGUAGAUGGUGUUGUUCAAAGUAUCAAACUUAUUACACGGGAAGCUUCAGAACGCGUCCUCCGCUUUGCUUUCCAGUAUGCGCAAGAGGUCGGCAAGCCCAAAGUCCGCGCUGUUCACAAGGCCACUAUCAUGAAGAUGUCAGAUGGGCUUUUCUUGCGGACCGCUAAAGAAAUUUCAAAAGAAUUCCCGGAUAUUGAAUUCGACGCAGAGCUCCUUGAUAACACAUGCUUGAGGAUGGUCACUGAUCCAGCCCCAUACAAUGACAAGGUUCUUGUGAUGCCUAACCUUUAUGGAGACAUCCUGUCCGAUAUGUGUGCCGGUCUCAUCGGUGGUCUUGGUUUAACCCCAUCCGGUAACAUUGGAAACGAGUGCUCUAUUUUUGAGGCUGUCCAUGGAUCUGCUCCCGAUAUUGCUGGCAGGGCAUUGGCCAACCCUACCGCUCUUUUGCUGAGCAGUAUUAUGAUGCUCCGACACAUGGGAUUGAACGACCAUGCUAAGAAGAUCGAGACUGCUAUUUUCGAAACCCUUGCAGAGGGAAAGACCCUCACUGGUGACCUUGGUGGUAAAGCUAAGACACACGAAUAUGCUGGCGCCAUCAUUAAGCGCCUAUAAAUGUGCUCUUUUUCCUCUGUACGUGCGCCGGAUUUUGGAUUUUCGGUUGCGUGCAUACACUCCACUAUUUCUUUAUAGUUGAAUAUUAGACGGUGGAAUUUCAUCGAAAUCUUCAAUUUAC